AUGUCACCUGCCAAUACAUCUUCACAGCUCAUGAAAACACAUCAGUCCGAUGGAAUUGAUACUGGCAAAUUAACCACUCCUCCAUUGUCAUCUUCAUCGCCUCUAGCAUUGGCCUCUGGCUGUGUCACUAAUGCAAUUACAAAGGACAACAGCAUGCCACCAUUGUAUGAGGCUUUGUCAAAGUACGCGGUUGAUAAUUAUAACUAUAAGCCAUCCAACGAAUCCCUCACUCCUUUUUCAAGGUUCGAAAAAUCAAAUAUCUUUAACAUUCCUGACCGGAUCUUCCAAAAAUAUAAAAGCCUGGACUGCAUAACGAACAUAGGUAUUUUCACGGAGUUGCAGAAGUCUUGGUUGACCGUGGACGAUAAAUUGAUCAUUUGGAACUACAAGGCAGGAUCGUCGGAGCAGGAGUUUUUCACGAUAGAUGACUUCAAAAGCACAAUAUUGACCGUUGCAUUGGUUAAGCCAAAGCCCAAAGUGUUCGUCGACUCUGUGAACUACUUACUUUUGGUCUCUACAUCGGUUAAUAUCCAUAUUCUUGCCGUUCAAAAUACCAAAGAUCACUUGGAUGUCUCAGACACAAAGAUGUCUGUGUCUACUCAGGGUCUAUUGGUGAAUAAAUUCGUCACUUAUGAUGCUACGAGAGAGAUCUUCUUUACGGGCGCUGGUGAUAGUGAAGGCAUAUGGAGAUUAAACUAUUCUAACGAUGAUGAAUGGUUCAGCAGAAACUGUUCAAAAGAAUGUCUUACAAAAUCUAGUCUAUCCUCAGUGCUACCUGGGGUUCUGCGGACAUUUUCGGGAUUUGGUCUCAUUGGUGGAUCCUCGGGUAAGAACAGCAGAAUGGAGACCAUAAUAGAACUCAAAAUCGAUCAGUCGAGAGGCAUCUUGUAUACUCUUUCAUCAAAAUCGAUUGUUCAGGCAUUCAGAUUGAAGUCUGAUAAGGGUAAAACGAGCUUGGGUUCUCGGCUUACAAAAAGAUCUUUUGAUUUAUUGAAAGAACUGUCAACUACUACAAUCAAUAUGCAAACUCCUCUAUUGGCGAGGAACAAGAUGAAGAUGAUCAAUAUAUUUCCAAUUUCUAAGCAAGAAAAUAACAAUUUUUUCUUAGUUGUCGUUACUGAUACUGGGUGCCGAAUCUUCCUUAAUGGAAGUACUCUUUAUGGGGAUAGGUUAACCCUUACUGCUAGUCAGGUCAAAUUUCCUCCUCCGGACUCCAGGUUUUACGACAAUUUAGAAAAGAAGAAGGAACAGCAGCUGAUUCAACAACAGAAUUUCAUUAAUAAUAAUGGCUUCGUACCUUCUGCCAGCAAGUCGUCGAUUACUAAGAACCCUAUGGGCUCUUUGGUAACUGUGCGGGAUUUGAAGCAAGCACAGGAAUCUUCACAACUUCUUACAGGACUUACGAACACAAUGAUGAUCGCUCCCGGUAUUUUUAUUGGCUUCACAAAGGACAAGAAGGUAUUUUCUUGUGUUCCGGAUUACGGCAUUCUCAAGAAUUCCUCCCAGUAUAUUGAGGAUUUUGAGUUUGUUGACGGAUUUGAUAAGUUGCAUUCCAUUGUUCAGUUGACUCCAAGUUUCAACGCUACGAAUACUCCGUCGGGGUAUUGUAACGAGUUCGCGUCACAGUACUCCAGUACGCCUUUGAAGUUUGCCGUGUUGACAAGCACGGGAAUUCAUGUGUAUAGAUACAGAACACCCGAUUUGAUCUUGGAGGAUUCUUUAGACGACAAGACUUUCCAGGAGUUUUCAAAGAAGUACGGUUCUAACGAAGCCUGCUCUUCUGCCUUAUAUUUAGCAUGCAAGUAUGGAAAGUCUGAGAACUUCCGGAACUUGGCCACGAAAUAUUUCAUCUCUGGAGGUGAAAAUGCCAGACUCAAUAAGAUGGUACAGCCAACUCUUGACGAUGUCGAAUUGAGCGAUAGAUUCUACGCAUUGGUUAUUUUAGUUUCUCGAUUAGUGAGAAACUUUUGGGACAAAGAAGUCUUUCAGUUGAAGCCGGAGGUGAAAUUCACUAGAAGUGGUUACAUAGACAUCAAUUCAGUGAAGAAGAUGAAUAAUAGUAAGAUCAUAUUGAAAGGAUUGAGUAUAACGAAGUCGCAGUUGGAGUACUUUUUAUGCUCUAUUCUAAUAUUGGUCAAAUACUUUAAAGAAAAUGGGAAAUUGAUUCCCGGAUUGUUGAAUGGAUUUAGCCAGCAGAUGGAUUCAACCUCUUGGAAGGAAAAGGAAUCUGAAGUGUGUCUUCAGGCUGAACAGAUUGGGUUCAGUGCUAUGAUGAACUUUUUGAAUACUGUAAAGGAGGGACUUUCGUUUUUAACUAUACUACUGGAUGAGGAUCCCAAAUCAAAGAAUUUCGAGGCAACCAUGAACUAUCUUUCUGUACAAUCACAGGCGGAUUUGAGUUGCUUAACCUUCAACGAAUUCUUUACUUGUUCCAACACAUAUGUUUCCAAAUUGAACAAGGAAAUCCUAUCGGCUGUCAUUAAUAAGAGUAUUGCAUCUGGAAAUUCUGUCGAGCUUGUUGCCAACACGUUGCAAGAAAAGUGUGGUUCUUUCUGCUCUACCGGAGACGUGCUAAUAUUCAAGGCUAUUGAAAGUUUAAAGAAGUCCAAGGAUUAUGCCAACUACAACGACCAGGAAAUGAAGAUGAACUAUUUGCGUGCGGCUGUAAAGUUAUUGAAGAAGACCAGUAAUUCGUUAACGGAGGAAACUAUCACUGACUGUGUCAAUAUCAUGCUUCAGUUGGAGUAUUAUGAUGGCGCGGUAGAAUUUUUAUUGGACGUGGCGAACAAUCCAGAACAGGCCAAGCUUGCUAUUCAAUAUGAGAACGAGAUGCAGACUCAGAUGGUAAGAGAUCCGAAGAAGAAGAAGAUGUACGAGCGCCGUCUGAAUUUGUAUCAGCUUGUCUUUCAGAUUUUGGCAGAUAUAGAUAAAAGGACCAUCAUGAGUUUAGAAAAGGCCAGUGCGGGUAACAUUUCUGCAACUACACACACUGUCAAUGGUACCGCUGACAUAUCGGGGCAUGUGUUUGUUGAUAAAAAUGGUAAGUUGAUCACGCAGUAUUCUCAGAUGCGAACUCGCUGCUAUAAUAUUUGCUUGAACUAUAAAGAUAGGAUGUUCCACUACGAGUUCUACAAGUGGUUUAUCAGCAACGGUGUCGGUGAAAAAUUGUUGGAUAUUGAUACUCCUUACAUUUUGGAUUUCUUGAAGGACUACGCUUCGAAAGACUUGGAAAUGGCCAAAUUGCUUUGGGUUUAUUAUUCAAGAAGAGACCAUUAUUAUGAAGCGGCUGAAGUGUUGUACGAUUUGGCGGUUUCCAGCUUUCCUGUUAAUCUUUCCUCCAGAAUUGAGUUUUUGUCACGUGCCAACGGAUUUUGUCAUUGCAUUCCACCUCAGUCAUUACGUCAGGAGGUGCUUAUUCUUUCUUCUGAAAUCUCAGAUCUUAUGGCAGUUUCGAACUUGCAGGAUGAGCUUCUCCUAACAGUUCUUCAGGAUACAAGAGUAAACAGUGCCGCUAGACAGAAUGCUACCCUAGCUUUGGAUAGAGGAAUUCACACCAUCAGUGAUUUGUACAACGACUUUAUUGAUCCACUUGGUUACUACGAAUUGGGACUAAUAACUUUCAAGAUAUCUGAUUACAGGAAUUCCGAGGACAUUCUCACCAAAUGGGAGUCGCUCUUUGGCAAAUGGUAUGUUGAGUAUAAAAACAAACCCAACCCUGCCAGUGAGCCUUUCUUUCUGGAAUUGACGAACAAGUUUGUUCUCAUUGCUGCUCGACUCAAUGACACCGACGUACUUUUCCCUAUCCUGGACCUCUUUCAACUGCUUGCCAAAUAUAUUUACAGUGAGGAUUUUUCCGGUAACGUGCGGGCUCCAACAGGUGUUAUUGUGGAUGUUUUCAUCAAGUCAGAGGUGAAGUAUGGUAAGUUGUACUACAGUUUGAGAAGUAUCAUUGAAUCGACUACUUUUGAGGUGUUCGAAGGCUACACAAAAAUACUUAACGACGAGAUGAGCUACUUAAUUCAUAGUUGGUACAAGAACGAUAAGAAACUUAGAGAGAUUAUCUCUGAUGAUUCUGUGAAGAAUCUUCAAACGUACUCUGUGGAGAAGGACCCGAUUUACGAGUAUAUCAGGACUACUGGUAAUCCAUUGUAA